UAAUCUCUCUAAUCUUAUCUCGUCUCUCUCGCAAGAUAGGAGCACUACAUACCACAGACCCAAAAAUCAAGCUCUACUUCGCACUUUUCUCCUCCGAUUCCGGCGAGGUAGCGUAGCGAGAUGGCGGCGACGAACCCGAAGGUGUUCUUCGAUGUGACCGUGGGCGCCCAGCCGGCGGGCCGCGUGGUGAUGGAGCUGUUCGCGAAGGAGGUCCCGAGGACCGCGGAGAACUUCCGCGCGCUGUGCACCGGCGAGAAGGGCGUGGGCAAGAUGGGCAAGCCGCUGCACUACAAGGGCAGCAAGUUCCACCGCGUCAUCCCGGGCUUCAUGUGCCAGGGCGGCGACUUCACCGCCGGGAACGGCACGGGCGGCGAGUCCAUCUACGGCGCCAAGUUCGCGGACGAGAACUUCGUGCACACGCACUCGGGCCCCGGCAUCCUCUCCAUGGCCAACUCCGGGCCCGGCACCAACGGCUCCCAGUUCUUCCUCUGCACCGACGCCUGCGACUGGCUCGACGGCAAGCACGUCGUCUUCGGCAAGGUCGUGGAGGGCAUGGACGUCGUCCAGGCCAUCGAGAAGGUCGGCUCCCGCAGCGGCGCCACCUCCAAGCCCGUCGUCGUCGCCGACUGCGGCCAGCUCUAGAUCUCGUGGUGCUGUUGGAUCUGUGGUAUCCGGCCGGCGCGCGUGGCCGUUGCUGUAUCUUUCUUUCUUUCCCUGUUGUUGUUACCUUAGCGUUUGCCUGUGUUUGAGUUGUGCGAGCGAAUAAUCGAGGGAGCUGCGCUCAGUUUGUGA